UUCCUCUUAGUGACUGCUGUUAUCAAGAUGGCGCUGCGGCCAGGAUCUGGGGGAGGUGGCAGUUUUAUGUAUCCUGUUGGAGGAGGCUUGGGACCGCCGCAAGGCAUGGUACCCAUGCAGCAACAGCAGCAGCAGCAACAGCAGGGCUUCCCCAUGGUUCCUGUCAUGCAGCCUAACAUGCAGGGCAUGAUGGGAAUGAACUUUGGAGGCCAGAUGCCCCCAGGUGCCAUCCCUAUGCAGGGUGGAAUGGCGAUUGGGAUGCAGACCCCUGGGAUGCAGUUCUUGGGUCAGCCACAGUUCAUGGGUAUGAGACCAGCAGGACCCCAGUACACAGCUGACAUGCAGAAACAGAUGGCUGAAGAGCACCAAAAACGUCUGGAGCAGCAGCAGAAAAUGCUGGAGGAAGACAGGAAAAGAAGACAAUUUGAGGAGCAGAAACAGAAGCUGAGGCUGCUCAGCAGUGUCAAACCCAAGACGGGGGAGAAGAGCCGCGAUGACGCCUUGGAGGCAAUCAAAGGCAACCUGGACGGUUUCAGCAGAGAUGCAAAGAUGCACCCCACUCCAUCAUCUCAGACCCAGAAGCCAGACUCAUCGCCAUCACACCCGUCUGUCACUGCUCCCUCCCUUCCCCCAGCUAUGUCUGAGGAUAACGAUGACUUUAGUGACUUUCAGGGCCCUGUCGAUACCCCCACGUCGUUCCCUUUGCCCCCCUCCUCAUCCUCUUCCUCCUCCACCACCACUCCCUCCAGCUUCGGGUUCUCCUCUCAGGCCCAGCCUUCAUCCUCUGCCCCCAACAUAGGUUUCUCUGAGGACGAUGACGAGUUUAGUGACUUUGUUCAGGGACCUGUAAACACUUUCCCUUCUGCCAACUUCCACCUCUCCUCUCAGUCGCAAGUCCAAUCGACUUUUCCACCCUCACAAUCCCUCCCCUCUUCUGUGUCCAUUCACACUGACACCCAACACUCUGCUGUCAGCACCAGCACCCAGUCUGCAUUUCAAGGCCCAUCCCUGGAAGAGAAGCUGUUCUCCUCCUGUGAUCUCACAGCUGAUAAGACUGCGCCGGUUAGCUUUAAGUCCAAGCAGAGUUUGGCUGAAAUGACUCCUAGAGCUAAAGUUUCAGCCCAGUUUCAGCCCAGUACUAAAGCGAGGAAUUGGGCCGCGGCCACCGAGGACUUGAGCUCUGUCUUCGUCACAGAAAAGCCACCAGAGGCCCCGGUACCAGCGCCCAAACUCCCCCCAUCAGCUGCUGGCGCAUCUCCUCAAACCAGUAGUGACAGUGCAGGUGUUGGUGUGUAUCCACAACAAGAGCACAUUCAGACCAUGCUGCCCGCCUGGGUUUACAACGACAGCCUCGUCCCAGAAAUGUUCAAGAAGGUUCUUGAAAUCACCAUGACUCCGGCAGGGAUAGACACAGCCAAACUCUACCCGAUAUUAAUGUCAUCAGGUCUUCCCAGGGAAGCACUCGGGCAAAUCUGGGCAUCAGCCAACCGCACAACACCUGGCAUGCUGACCAAGGAGGAACUUUACACUGUACUUGCACUAAUUGGGGUGGCGCAGAGUGGCCUCCCGGCAAUGAACGUGGAAAUCCUCGGCCAAUUUCCUUCUCCUCCCGUGCCGAACCUGCCGGCUUUGGCUAUGGCCAUGGCCCCUGUCAUGCCUCAGCACCAGCAGCCCAUGAUGACCCAGCCCCCGGUCUCCAUGGCCAUGCCCACAGCAGCCCCGCCACCAGUCAUGCCUAUGACACCGGCAGCAUCGGCUCAGCCACCCACAAACACAAAUUUCAUUGCCAGUUUCCCUCCAGCACAGGUAUCACAGGGAACCAAAGCCGAUGACGAUGACUUCCAGGACUUCCAGGAAGCUCCAAAGGCGGGAGGAGACCAAGCUUUCUCUGACUUUCAGGGGGAAUCGGGAGGAAGCUUCCCUACUACCAUUGCACCACAGCACCAAAACAGCACGCCUGCCUUGCUGACUCCAGUUUCUGGUUCCUCCUCCGCCUCCGUCACAUCUUCUGAUAAGUACGCCGUGUUCAAGCAGCUGUCUGUGGAUCAGCCUGCAGAGCCUACACCCCCUGCCUCAGAUAUUGGAGACAAAUACAGUGUAUUCAGACAACUCGAACAACCUUCGGAGAAGAAAUCAGUCGGAGAAGGAUUUGCAGAUUUCAAGUCUGUCGGCACAGUCGAUGAUGGCUUCACAGACUUUAAAACAGCCGACAGCGUCUCUCCACUAGACCCUCCAGAUCAAGCCAAGCUCUUUCAACCUUCCUUCCCCUCUGCUUUUCCAAACUCUCAGUCACUACAGCAGCUUCCCCAGCAACAACCAGCAGUGUCUCUGUCUCAGCCCAAAAAUCCUCUCAACAUGGCUGACCUGGACCUUUUCUCUUCUAUAGCGCCCUCUGUUCCUGCCCCCACUGAGACAAAACCCAGCACAUUCCCCUCUGUGUCUGUGCCCCCCUCUCUCGUCCUCCUGCCAGGUGGAGCAAAACCUCCGGGAGGAGGGGCAGAUGAGUUUGGGGAUUUUGCCCUAUUUGGCUCCUCUUCUGACUCCACUCAAGCUUCAGCCGCAGGAGGAGCUGCCUCAGCACCUCAGGAUGACUUUGCAGACUUCAUGGCAUUUGGCAGCUCUGGUGGAGAGCCUAAAGGCGAGAGCAGCGCGGGUGUUCAAGGGGAAACCUCCACACAGCAGCGGUCUCAGCAGAGCUCUGACAAAUACGACAUAUUCAAACAACUUUCUCUGGAAGGAGGCCUCGCCUACGAUGACACCAAGGAGAGCGGCGCCGGCUCCUUCUCGUCACUCAAGAGCGACAACGACGACUUUGCCGAAUUUCAGUCCUCAAAGUUCUGCACAGCACUCGGUGCUUCUGAAAAGACUCUGGGUGAUAAGGUGGCCGCGUUCAAACAGGCCAAGGAAGACUCUGCAUCUGUAAAGUCCCUCGACCUCCCGUCCAUCGGCGGGAGCAGCGUGGGAAAGGACGACUCUGAGGACGCGCUGUCAGUGCAGCUGGACAUGAAGCUGUCGGACAUGGGAGGAGACCUGAAGCACGUGAUGUCAGACAGCUCUCUGGAUUUGCCGGGUCUCUCUUCCCACCAGCCCCCUGCUACAGAAGGAGACGACAUGAAAUUUGACCCCUUUGGAACGUCAGCCCUCAGCACCAUGGCCAGCUAUGACUGGUCAGACCGGGACGAGAGUCUGCCCGGUGAGGUCAGAAAGCCACCGGGCUUGGAAGGAGCUGGCCUUCCAUCUUUAGUCCCCACACAGAGGAAGGAACUGACCUUUGGCAGCACUGAAAACAUCACAAGCAACUCCAUAGCAAACAUCAUCACCUCCUUCCCCGCAGAGGACAGUUCAUCAUCAGCAGAUGACAAGUUUGAAGCCUUUGCUGACUUUGGCUCCGGCGACCAGGGCGGUGUCCAUAACGAGGAUGACUUUGGAGACUUUGCAAGUACUGUUUCGGAGAAGUCAGACUCGCCUGCUGCCACUGCCGAGGCGGGCUCAGAGGGAAACCAGAGUGAGGCCUCCGAUGACUUUGGUGCCUUCCAGGGAGACAAGCCAAAGUUUGGCAGGUCUGACUUCCUCAAAGCCAGCGCUCAGGCCAAGGUCAAGUCCAGCGAGGAGAUGAUCAAGAACGAGUUGGCAACUUUUGAUUUGUCGGUUCAAGGUUCCCACAAGCGCAGUCACAGUUUGGGUGAGAAGGAGAUCAGGCGUUCACCCCCGUCUCCGGCACCAGAGCAGCCCUUCAGAGACCGAUCCAACACCCUGAACGAGAAGCCCGCACUGCCCGUCAUCAGAGACAAGUACAAGGACCUGACUGGAGAGGUGGAGGAGAGCGAGCGCUACGCCUAUGAGUGGCAGAGGUGCCUGGAAAGCGCUCUGGAGGUCAUCACCAAAGCCAACAACACCCUGAACGGGAUCAGCAGCUCUUCUGUCUGCACCGAGGUCAUCCAGUCUGCUCAGGGCAUGGAGUACCUGCUUGGCGUGGUGGAAGUGUAUCGCGUCUCUCGGCGUGUGGAGCUGGGCAUCAAGGCCACAGCGGUGUGCUCUGAGAAGCUGCAGCAGCAGCUGAAGGACAUCAGCCGUGUGUGGAACAACCUCAUAGGCUUCAUGUCGCUGGCUAAGCUCGCUCCUGAUGAAAGCUCCCUGGAUUUCUCCUCCUGUAUUCUGCGGCCGGGUAUCAAGAAUGCAAAGGACUUGGCUUGUGGGGUUUGUCUGCUCAACGUCGACGCUCGCAGCAAGAACAAAGAAGAAAGCACUAUUGGACGUCUGUUUAAACGAGCAUUGACUAAAGACAGGGAGAGGAGCUUAAGGAUAGAGGAGCCAGGACCUUUACAUGCAGCUGAAAGGUCAGAUGAAUUAGCAGAGUCUCUGUUUUAUCUGACAACUCCAGCUUGAAAACAUAAAACCCACACUGUAGUGUCACAGCAGGCUUUUAUUAACCUUUAUUUAACCAGGCAUUAGAAACAAAUGAUUUUCCAGGGCAGGCUGUGUACAAGGCUCUGUUUAGUUAAAACAGGUGGAUAUUAGCCUCCCUUCACUGACACACAGGUGAACUCUGGAGCAGGAAAGGCACUGCAGUGAAAGCAGGGGUGUGUUUUAGUUUGACCACCCUUUCAUUUUGCAUCCUCUCCCUCCCAACAUUUCCCAGCUUUGGCACUCCUCUAAGUGCAGGUUUGUGGAAGCAAGUAGGCCAGGGCACAGAGGGGUCUCUGAAAGGAAAUCGCUCCUCCAGUGAAAUGUGAGCGUGUGAAGGAAAAAGCGAAAAGUGGAAAUGUGUCAUUCGGCUCGUCUGAGAAAGCCCUUCAUCGGGCGGAGCAUCUGUGCCGCAGACUGCAUUCAGGCAGGUGGAGAUGUAUUUGACUUAAUGGUGUGUUGUGGUGGUGUAUUUCUGCAUGCGUCUCCCCUCUGCUUCUGUGUGGGAGGCUGUGAUUCACUGCACAUGACUCAUUCCUCUCUCCGGCUUCAGCUCCAUUAUUUCACUGGGGAUGCAAACUCCUAAACUGCACAUCACACACAUUAGCAUCUCCUGAUUGCGCCCACCGUGCCGCAGCUGGGCCCAGUGAAAUCGCAAACUUGCAUCAGAGCCCUCGUGUGUGUGUGCGUGUGAGUGUGUGUGUGUGAGAGAGAUUUCAGGGGUUUCGGGUCAGUUCGACACAUUUCAUUUUCUAAAUAGCUCCAGUUCAGGCAAUGUUUUUCAGAAUCAAAUCACAUUGUGACGCAGCAGGCUUUGCGGUAGGGCAUUGUUAUCCUUUUUGUCUCAACAAAAUAAAUGAGGUGAUCCAUAUUUGUUGAUACAAGUACAGACAGUGAUGGAAUUACAGCGUCUGCAGUCAUAGCACGAUCAGUUUUUUUUCUCCUUUCAGUUCAUUUUAUGUUAAAUCUUUGGGGAAUAAUUUUGCUUUAUUUUUUGCCCCAUUUAGCAGUCACUUGUGGUGUGUUUGGAUCCCCUGAUCAGGUUGUCAGCAGGUUUAAACAUGAGAUUGCUAUCAUGUUUUUAUAGCUUCCUCUCAUUUUUCAGUGGAUUUUUCAGUUUUGCCCCGCCACCCCCCACAUUUAAUAUAAAAACUGCAGAGAUGGCUUCAUCUGAUUAGACAUGCAGCUUCAAACAUAUCUAAUCUUCUCCUGUGUUUUGAUUGAGCUAAAUCAGCAUGCAUGAAGAUAUCUAUGGCUGUUUUGAUGGCUCUCAUGCAUACCUCCAGAUUUAAAUAAAGAACGUCAUCUGAUGCCCAGCUGUAAACACGUUACUUCAAAACAUUAUUUCCAUCUUGGAUGCAUAUUUUGUGUAUAAAGAGAGGACUACACAGCACCUCUCAUCUUAGGUCUCUCUAAAUGUCAGCCAGUGCACAUUUAUUUGUUCCAGCACAUUUACAGAAAUACCAGGGGCACUGUCAUCCUUCUUGAGUUUGUAUAUAUAUAACAGUGUAAAAGUGUCACAGCAUGCAGCAUCCCUUGAUUUCAACCACAGUCACAUUUUUUAAAUAUGCAGAAAAUCUUUAGAUUUAGUUUGACUCCUUAUCAGAUUUAGUUAUGAUCAGUGAGAUGUUCACAGCAUGUGGCUCUCACAGCAUUUCUGUAGAUAGAACAUUUGUACCCGUUGGACUAUUAUUCAUACAGUAUUUUUUUCUUCUUUUCCUGUGCUCUCAUAUAAUUUUAUGCAGGCCAUUUUUAACGACUUGAGUUUUUCCCCAGUAGGCGUUGCCCAUGUGUAUUGAAAUGUUUUGCUUGCCAGAGGCAGAUUUUCAUCCUGCGUAACUUGGCUGUAAUUUACUGCAGGGUCACCUACAUUGAAGCUGUGCUGUGCUGUGCACCACUGUGCUGCUCUCAGAGGAUAGCUGAUUCAUGCUCUGAAUAAGCGUGCUGCACAUACUUUUAUAAAUACCAUCAAUACAGCUGAGUGGUAAUGGCAUGUGUCAUAUUUCCCAGUUAAUUAAGAGGCUUUUAUGGUUGGACUGGUGCGAGCUUCCUGUAACCUUCCAAAAAAAGUAGAUUUUAAAAGCUGCUUUCAGAUGUUCGCUUACUCACAGGGGCACCCCUUAAAUAUUUUUCAGUCUCUACAAAAGUAGGCAUAGAAAUAACUGCAUUGUGAGGUUUUCCAUCUGAAGAUCACGGCCUUCGGUAGAUCUGAUAUGGACUCCAUAGCGUGUCUUUUUUCCUCUCCCCCUCUUACCCACAACCACAGAAGACUGUCCCUCCCUCAGCUUGGUUCUCCCAGAGGUUUCUUCCUGUUAAAAGGGAGUUUUUGCUUCCCACUGUCACCAAGGUCUUGC